AUGUCUGCUCAUAUUACCAACCUCGCCGCAUCUGAAAAGCCCGAGCUCGAGCGCGCCAGAUCCUUCUCCAACAUCGAAAUCGGUGGGAGAAAAUCCAAGCUUGCGGUCAUCCAGUCAGAGUCCGUGAAAGCCCUCAUUUUGAAGCAGUUCCCAGACUUGAAGUGCUCGGUUUUGGCGUUGAGCACCUUCGGUGACCACAUCCAGAACAGACCGUUAUACUCCUUCGGCGGCAAAGCCUUGUGGACCAAGGAAUUAGAAACCUUGUUGAUGCAGUCCGUGGAGCACUUCCCAAAGUUAGAUUUGGUGGUUCACUCGCUUAAGGACAUGCCAACCAACCUUCCAGAAGAAUUCGAGUUAGGGGCCAUUUUGACCCGGGACGAUCCACGUGACGCCUUGGUAAUGAAAAGUGGCUCGCCCCACAAAACCCUAUACGACUUGGCCCCAGGCUCUGUGGUCGGGACCUCGUCGGUGCGUAGAUCUGCCCAAUUGUUGAGACAUCACCCACACUUGAGAUUUGAGAGUGUCAGAGGGAAUGUCCAGACCAGAUUGAACAAAUUGGACGACCCGGCUUCCGAGUACGAGUGCUUGAUCUUGGCUGCGGCCGGAUUGAACAGAUUAGGCAUGAACGACAGAAUCACCCACUGUUUGGAAGCCCCAGAAAUGUACUAUGCCGUCGGACAGGGUGCCUUGGGGAUCGAGAUCAGAAAGGGUGACAUGCAGAUGAAGAGACUCUUGAGCCACCUUGAGAACAAGGCCACCGCCUACUGCUGUUUGGCCGAAAGAGCGUUGAUGAGAACCUUAGAAGGUGGGUGUUCGGUACCUAUCGGUGUCAAGACCUCGUAUGACGAAGUCACCCAGGUCUUGAGGUUGGAUGGUAUUGUCAUCAGCGUGGACGGCCAAGAGUUUGUUGAAGAUGUGAUCGAGGUCCCAUGUACCUCUAACGAAGAGGCUGAUGGGGUCGGUGUCGAAUUGGCUGCCCGCUUGACCGAAAAAGGUGCCAAGAGAAUCUUGGAAGAGAUCAACUUUGAAAAGAUCAACCAGGCUCCGCUCUCCAUUCCUUCCACUCCCCUUGGCGCCACCCCUCCACAGAGCAUUUCCUAG